AUGGUUUUCAAACCCACCACAGGAGUACCCCUCAGUUGCCUUUGGAAUAGUUUAGUCAGUUAUGAUAAUGCCCCACGAGUCUCGAGGACGCUUGAAUUGUGUGGUGCGAGGAUAUGCGUUCUCGGGCUAACUACACGUCCCCCGAAUUUUGCAUGGAUGUGUGUUCUCGGGCUGACUACAUGUCCCCUGAGUUCUGCAUGGAUGUGCAUUCUCAGGCUGACUACACGUCCCCUGAGUUUUGCGAGGAUGUGCGUUCUCGGGUUGACCAUAUGUCCCCCGAGUUCUGCAAGGUUGUAA